AUGGUCGUCAGAAUCCGCCUCUCUCGCUUCGGCAACAAGCACCAGCCAUUUUACAACAUUGUUGUUGCACAGGCUCGGUCCGCUCGAGACUCGAAACCGCUUGAAGUCAUUGGCACCUACAAUCCUAUUCCACAGCGCCCUACGAAUCUAUCCGAAGAGGAAGCUCGGCGCGCAAAACCAUUCAAAGAGGUCUCUCUUGAUCGCUCACGGGCAAAGUACUGGCUUGGUGUUGGCGCACAGCCCAGCGAGGGUGUAUGGCGGUUAUUGAACUUGGCCGGCCUUGUUCAGCCCAAGUCUAAUGCUCAAAAAGAAUGA